AUGAAUGUCAACAAGAAACUCGAUCGUUUCAAACAAUGGGCAGGAGAGCGGAUGGGUGGGGAAGUCAAGACCAAUGUAUCCGACGACUUCAAGGCCAUGGAGGUCGAGAUGGGCCUUCGUCAGGAGGGUCUCGAGAAAAUGCAGCGGUCAAUGAAUGCCUAUAUCAAAGCCAUCUCCAAACGGUCCGAGGUGGAGGGCAAAGAGAAAACACUUCCGAUCGCCUACAUGGGCGGGACCAUGAUUUCUCAUGGCGAAGACUUCGAGUCGGAUUCAGAAUAUGGACAGUGUCUCAACAUGUUUGGCCGAACACAAGAACGAUUGGCUCGCACGCAGGAAACCUACAUCACGAACGCCACCACUUCCUGGCUGGAGUCGCUCGAAAGGUCUCUGGUCCAACUGAAAGAAUACCAGGCCGCCCGCAAACGGCUCGAGACACGCAGACUGGCUUAUGAUACAUCGCUUGCCAAAAUGCAGAAGGCCAAGAAAGAAGACUUCCGCGUCGAGGAGGAACUGCGAACUCAGAAGGCUAAAUAUGAAGAAUCGGCGGACGAUGUUCAGCGCAGAAUGGAAGAAAUUCGCGAAUCAGACCCUGAGAGCGUGGCUGAUCUCGCAGCAUUUCUUGACGCCGAAUUGGCAUAUCACGAUCAAUGCAGAGAAGCACUGCUGCAACUAAAGAGCCAGUGGCCCGCUAGAGCACAGAUGUCGAAUCGAAGUAUCCGUCCCAAUCCGCGAUCAAGAUCAAACACUGUCCGGUCAUACACCCAGACUGUUGAGCCAGCAGAGGAAACACCAGCUGUCGUCGAGGUUCGCCCGACCAUCAAGUCGAACCGGAGUGGCCGUUUUGCGGACCAACCAACUUCUGACUACUCUCCAGCGCGCCCAAAUUACGCCAGAGCCACUACAUUCAACGACUCCCCCACACCUAGGGACCUGUCGCCUGCUACAAGGCCUGGGAUUGCGCGAGUUCCCAGCGAUUCCUUGAUGAUUCGGACAGCCCGAUCGCAGCUACGAAGCGUGGACGAACAGGAUGUCUUUGCAGAUGAGUCCGGGUCUUACACAAACAGUGGCUCCGACCGCGGCUACGGAGAACAAUCCGUAUCUCCUGCGACUUCACAUGGCAGUGAAUCAGUGACCCUACUGGGUGGGAAAAAGAGUGCUGUACCGCCUCCCCCUCCUCCAUCACGCUCGAAAAAACCACCACCUCCACCUGUACCAGCAAAGAGAACUGUUCUCACUUGA